CCUAGCCGAAUCAAUUAUUCAUCCAUCACGCACCAAAGCUAAAGGUUUCACCUUUAGUUGUUGGUAUAGUGUUAAAGCCUCCAACAAGGACCCUUUCUUUUCUCCUUUUUAUUUGAUAAGGACUCUGUCUCACUGUGCAAUUUCUUUCUCCCAGUGGGUUGUGACUCGUGUUGACUUUUUCCCGAUAAAACACCAAGGAUCAGGAGAAAAUAAGCUUUGUAUGGGCUCUUCUAUGGCUGACCAUUAGCAGAUACGAAAUCUUGCCUUGCAAAAUGUUCUCAACGCUGGAAUCCCAAAGAGGACCAAAGAAUGAGUUAUAACGCUUAUUUGGUCAUUCUUGGCAUCUCUGCCUCUCUGGCCCUUGGUUUCUUGAUAGCUUUGCUUGUCUUUCUUGUAACAAGGUGGUACAAAAAGCAUGCUCAUCUCAGAAAAUGUGUAAAUGAGCGUAGUGUUGCAACUCUUCCCAUACGCUCCAAUGGCUUGGGAGCAAGCACUGACUUUAGUGCCUCUAUCUCAAGUUCCAUUACUACUCAGGGGCCAGAACAUCCUCAGAAAAAUUCUUGGCAUUCUUGGUGGAAUCAUCACAGUAAAGAGCAGUUUGCUUCUCUAUCAGGAUCAGGCACACUCAAGUAUUCUUACAAGGAUAUUCAGAAAGCUACACAAAAUUUCACAAAUAUUGUUGGCCAAGGAUCAUUUGGGCCAGUAUACAAAGCUAUAAUGCCUACAGGAGGAAUAGCUGCUGUGAAGGUGCUUGCUUCUAAUUCAAGUCAGGGGGAGAAGGAGUUCCAAACAGAGGUGUCUCUACUAGGAAGGCUGCAUCAUCGGAACCUUGUGAAUCUAGUGGGAUAUUGUGUAGAUAAAGGACAACACAUGCUGGUUUAUGAAUACAUGAGUAAUGGGAGCUUGGAAAACCUUCUAUAUGGUGAAGAAGCACGAGCUCUGAGUUGGGAAGAAAGACUUGAAAUAGUUCUUGAUAUUUCGCAUGGGAUUGAAUAUCUUCAUGAAGGGGCAGUCCCACCAGUGAUACACCGUGACCUAAAAUCUGCAAAUAUAUUGUUGGACUAUUCAAUGAGAGCCAAGGUUGCUGAUUUUGGGCUGUCAAAAGAAGAGGCCUUUGAUGGCCGGAACUCUGGCCUAAAAGGUACUUAUGGCUACAUAGAUCCAGCAUACAUAUCCACGAGCAAGUUCACAAUGAAGAGUGACAUAUAUAGUUUUGGCCUUAUCAUUUUCGAGCUUAUCACAGCAAUCCACCCACGCCAAAACUUGAUGGAAUAUGUUAAUCUUGCUGCUAUGAGUUCUGAUGGUAUUGAUGAAAUUCUUGAUAAGAAACUAGUUGGAAAAUGCAACAUUAUGGAAGUGAGAGGGCUAGCCAAGAUUGGUCACAAAUGCUUACACAAAUCACCUAGGAAGCGACCUUCAAUAGGUGAAGUUACACAGGCUAUAUUGAAAAUAAAGCAGAGCCGCCUUGCUAAACAAGACACAAUGUCUUCUGUGGAAGGAGAUUUUUCACAAGUUCUGAGCCGAAUAGGAAUUCAACAGGUAGAAUUGGCAAGGUUGGCUAGCAUGGAGGGUGAUUGAUCUAUGUCUCACUGCCUUCCACUGUCCUUCUUCCUUAAACAGAAAAUACUAACAAUAUGACAAUAGGAUAGCAAGAGUAGAUAUAGGGCAAUGGUUUUUAACCAAAUGAGUACUUUUUCCAACACUAACCUCUGCUGUUUCAAGGAUUUCAAUCAUCAAGAGCAAUGGAAAUAUGCCGUCUUGUUUUGCUUCUCCAGAGGAGUAACUCUUCACUUCUAAAGACAUGGAAAAGUAUCUAACGAGAACCAUCUGGUAUAAUCUUGGAUCCUAAAAGUUAUAUAAAAAUGAGAAAAUGAU